GAGAAAACGAGCGUCACGUCGAGCGCCAUCCUUUUUGAGCGGGUUCAAGCAAAUUGCAAAUUUGUGGCUAGAUUUUUGAAGCGGAUGGAACAACACUUUCGCGGAAUCGAAUCCUCGCACGGACCAACAGUAGUAGAGCAUAGUUCGCUAAACCCAUCCCUCGGCGCUGCUUUCCCAGCUGGUUCAGCUUCCGUCUGAUAAGAACGGGCACAUAACGGCGUCGGUGGGGAGAAAACAACAUUGAACAACAACACGGCUUCAAAUGGACACCAAGAAAUUCAUCAAGCAGGAAGAUUCACCCGCAGAGCCCAGCGGCGCCGGUGGAGGGGCACCGGUCAGUGGCACAACCUCCAGGAGCAGCUCAACGUUACGGAGGAAAGUUAGUUCGAUCAAAAAAGAGGAAACCACCAGCGAUUUUGCGUCGGAGAAAAAUGAAAAGGUCGAUGUUAAGAAUGUCGACAUGGAACUAUUCUUACAGAGCAUUGAAAAGCCUUGCCAGAUUUAUAGAUUUCUACGGACUCGGAAUAUGUUGCUGCCCAUCUUUCUGCAACGAAAUCUUUCGUACAUGCAGAGCCGCUAUUCCAGAUCUCACCAAUCGCGUCGUAACUUCAAGAUUGACUCGAUGCUGGAGGAGAAGAUGAAACGGUUGCGCCAGGAAAAGGCCAGCACGGUUGCUACCGUGGCUUCUGAAAAACUGAAGAUAAUGUUCCUCGGGCUGUUCGAUGACAGGCCACAUCCGCAGUUAAACGGUAGCAGCAAUGGGUACGACAGCUGUGACAGCCUCGUUGACCACGAUUUGAAUCCAAGCGAACCAUUUCCUGUUCGUAAUUCCGGGCGACGUAGUGUGGUGCUGGAAGCCAAUUUAAUUAAAAUAUCACCUCACAAGCGUAAUGGCUGCUCGUCUCCUAACGUGAUGCAGGUUUCGCUAGGAAUGUUCCGGGUGCCGAUAAACAACUCAAGAGCUGACUCUGACGAUUCCGACGAAGGCGUCGAUGAUGAUGUAGAUAUCAUCAAUGAUGGUAAACGGCCAACGUUAACCAUACCGACGGAGAUGUUUAAUGAUGCAUUCAACGAAACAACUGCCCAGCGUACUACGUUUGUUCUGCUUUUCCGAGCUUCUCACACCACCAGGGCCUCAGAUGAAACUGCUCUCCGUAAUGGAUAUUGUACUGAUAGCGAAGAACCGUCGGCCAAAAGGCAAAAGCUGCAUGUGGACACCACCAUGUACGCUACCGAGCUGACGGUGUUUGAUAAGUAUGGUCAAUGUCAGCUGUUGGAUGCCGAGUAUGAGCUAACGAUGCACGACGUAUUGACGCCAGCAGAAGAAACCAGAUGGGUCGACGCCGCACCUUCCUCACUCGGGGAAGAGGUAGAAUUUACGCCCAUGGAAGAUUACAGCAAUACCUCGAGAAACGAUGCUGAACGAGAAGCAAACAACAUGACGUUGUUUGAAGAUUUUAUUGCACCUCCUAGGCUUAAGUUGAAAGUGCAGUGGACCAAAAAACCUUUGCUCGAACCCCCGGAAAACACUAAUCCCGAAGCCGGAAACGAGAUGGUGAUGGGUGAUUCUAAUGGCGGUGAUGCUGUCAACGGAUCGAGUGAUAAGGAAAACUGCAAGCCUCCUGAACCGAUGACACCACCUUCAAACACCGCGGCCGCCUCAUUCAAAAGGGGGCUAAAUAUUAAUAUCAACAAUAACAGCAUCCUUACACCGGCCGCCGCCACAGGACACCACGAUGAAGUGGAACCUCUGAAGAAGCGUGGCAAUCAAGGAUCAGGCGAAGAUAGCUCGGCUCCGGUGGGUUAUCGGGCGCUUGGUGGUUCCUCGGAUUUAGCUACUAGCCGUUGGAAGCAAUCUGAUAUAGAUGCAUCAUCGAGCAAUGUGAAGUACGUGGUUUACCAGUUUACACAUACGAACUUCACUCGACAACGAACGGAACAUACGCUAGUAUUCCGGUGUCCUUGGUGCAGCGUCAAUUGUGGAGCGCUUUAUCCACUGUUGAAGCACUUAAAGCUGGUGCAUGCCAGAUUUGGAUUUAAUUACGUUCCUAUUCCCGACGGUGCCCAGAUAGAUGUGACGAUAAAUGAGCAGUUCGAUGGUUCGUACAAUGGGUCUCCCCAUGAUUUAUUCUUUCCAGCAACAGCUUUCACUCACCGCUGUGCACCGGAACGGCGCACAGUGGUGACGAAUUUGCUCGUGUGUCGCCCUCGUCGGCAAAAACCGAGUCUCAUGGAGUUUGUCGAGUGCGAUGAGAAUGAAUUUGACAGCCAGCGACCAUUUAUCACAGGCCACAACAGGAUGUACCAUCACACCAUGACCUGCCUUCCAGUGCACCCAAGGGAGCUCGAUAACGAUUCAGAAUCGGAAAGCGACCCUUUGUGGUUACAGCAUAAGACUAAGCAAAUGAUUGACGAAUUCACCGAUGUUAACGAAGGCGAAAAAGAGAUCAUGAAGAUGUGGAAUCUGCAUGUGAUGAAGUAUGGUUACGUGGGUGACUGUCAAAUUCCGAUUGCAUUGGACAUGUUUGUAGAAAUGCGUGGUCGCGAAAUUUGGAGCCGGAAUCUAUACAGAAAUUUUGUGCUGCAUAUGUGUUCCAUGUCGGACUUCAACCUCGUGUCUCCCGAAGUGCAGCUGCGUAUAAUCAGGAAACUACGAAAAAUAUUAUCCUCAGAUCCAGAGCUACAAAACAUAGUAGCUAAGUGUCGGGCAGAGCACGUUACCUGCUGGAAUGAAGUGACUCAAUUUAAACCUGAAGUGCAGAUGCCGAAAGCAUGGGUUGCAAAUGGCGAACCAAAUACGUCGUCAUCUGGCGGUCCUUCCACCAACAGUAUGUUGGGCAACAAUACGACCAAUCCUGGGGAAGGACAGCAGCGGAAAGUAAAGCCUACUAUAAUGCCGGCUAAGAACACGGACACCAGAGCCGAUUCACCUCCACGUCGCCGUAGUGCUAAAGCUGCUAAAGCUGCGAAUGCCGUAAAAGCAGCAAAAGCAGCGAGAGCUGCUAGAGUAGUAAAAGCAUCCAAAGAAGUAAAGGCCAUCGGAAAACGGUUUGCUUCAUCCAUACAGAAGAAAUCUAAAAAAUCGAACAAGGGCUCUAAGUGCUGUCGUGGUCCGGCGACUGUUGCUACUACCACUACAGCUAUUACUGCCAAUGCUAAUGCCAAGCAAAAACUCGCAUCCUCAACGUCGUCGUCAGUUGUAGCAGCAACAUCUUCUUCCACCUCAUUAUCAAUCAUUCCAGCUGGCGGGAACAGCAAACGAUCGAGCAAUACCUCGGCUGCCAGCGCUUCUCCGUUCACUGGUGUUGCUCCAUCAGCAUCAUCCUUCGCAACAUCAUCCCAUUCGUCCACUACCACCAUCUCUGCCUUAAACCAGAACAAGCACCUGAAAGUAUUAGUGUCUCCGAUAAUGACCAGAAGAAAAUCUCUUUCCAUAGGCAUUCUGCCGUUUUCGCAGCAGCAUCGAAAGCGGUCGUCGCAUUGAUUUCUUCACUUCUACACAUAUAUGAUUACGACACAUGUUGAUGCCCCAGGGACGAUCAUCCCUUCCACAACCAGUGAUGAUGUGUACCGAGGAAGAAAGCGCAAAACAAAACAAAGAAACCAACGACGCAAAAAACGUUGCAUCUAGUAUAUUUUUAUACGUAAUAUCUUAAUACGCUGCUGCUGUUUACAAACAGGACAAGGAAGUGCUUGAAUCAGGGAAAAAGCGGCGGGUAGAAGAGAAACAAAUAUUGUGUUCGACCUUUGGAAGAGUUAGCAAUAUUACUAGAAAUGAAUUCUUAAUGGGCUGCCGGACACAUUCAGGAAACAUAAGCGGAACUAUUCUAUGAAUUAAACAUCUCUUCUCCUCGGAAAAGUAAACUGACUUAAUGAAUCGAAAGUAUGUAUAAUGUAAGGAAACUGUAAGAUGAUGGUGGGUCCUAGAAACCAUAGCUUGGCGUACGAUGCCACCGAGCUUAGUAGUGAAGAAGAGUUAUUUCAUAUAAUGCGAUUCAAGUAAUAAUGUUUCUCCUCAUAAUAUCCCGAGAUCUCUAUUCUUGGAUUGUGCGUUCGGACGCGAGCAAUUAACUGGACAGAUUGAAGAACAAAGAACUAUGUGUGAAAAAGAAGAACAAAGAACUACGUGUGAGAAAGUAUGUGUUCAUGCUCUCCACUGCCAUUUUAUCCAUACGAAUACACGAAAAUGGGUUCAGGUUUUUGAAUUUUGUUUAGAUUUAUCUUACAACUGAUUGCAGUGCGGGGUUGCCUUUUGUUAGACGUUUCGUAAUCGUAAUCGUUAGCGAUACUAAUUCGCUUAUUGUCCAUGCACCUAGAACAAACAUUUCUUAACACGAGUGUAUCUCCUCUGUAACUUAGUGUGCGCCAAACGAUUAAUGUGCCUCCUAUGUUUUCGUUUAGGGGAGGAAUAAAUCACCUUAUGAUAAGUAGCUAGCGGUAUACAUUCUGUUCGUUUAUUUUAUAGUUUUUGAAAUACGUCAAUAGUCAUUGAACAUUAUUAGCUUAUCGUUUCGAAUGCUGAAAACAUCUGCCGCAAUAAAAAAGGAAUAAGGAGUGAAAUUUUCUCAUGCCGUAACGAU